CGGCGAUCGACGGCACGCAGGCUGAGCAGCAGGCGGAAAUCGCGCGGAAAUUCUACGAAACCAACAACAUGUGGCAGGACCAGCAGAUUCUGCAGGAGUUGGUGAAUGGGGGCACGUGUCUCGGCGGCCUUUUACGGUGGAUCCCCGGCAUGCACCAAGCGGGCAAGGGACGCGUCACCUGCCUCAGCAAGCUGCACCACUGGAUCAAGCUGCUGGGCUACUGGCGGUGCCGCUUCAACCGCACAGCAACGAACUUGUCUCCCAAGGAAAACCUGUACAUUCCCAUGGAGGACCUGACGGGCAUUGUGUCCCGGAUGGCGGACGCGUUCGCCUCGCUCAUGGACUUCCAGAUCCAGAACCUGCUCGACGCCGGGGCGAAGAAAGAGGUGGAGCUCUUGAUUUUUGAGCGGGACGGCGGGAUGAAGGCAACGGAAGUGCGCGUCGACCCCAAUGCCACCGUGGAAAGGCAAGUACGGCAGGACGUCAAGAAGUUCUGUCAGACCCAAAGGAACAAAAAGAGGCAAAGAGCGCUAGAGGAGGAAGAGGAGCAAAAACAUCAGCAGGAUCAUGUAGUCGAACAAGGUGACGCACGACUUUCUCAGCCGGAGAGGAACGAUGAAGAGUUUAUUGCUCAGGGCGAGUUCCGGAAGAACAAAACGCUGGCGUUGAAGAUGUCAUCUACAACUCACCAGCAACUCCCUCGAGGUCGAGAGGAAAUAGUAGAUGUAGACGAAGGUGGUCCUUCUAGAAGGUUGACCACGUUGAACAGCGACGACCAAGCGAACAAGAACGUCUCCCUCCUGAUGCUAAAAAAGACUGAUAUGUUCGAAAACGUCCUCGACGAUUAUUACGCGGAAAGCGGAUCCAAAGACAUGGAGGGCGGCGAGAAAGAAGAUCUGGUCGACGAAACCACACUGCUCAUUGAAGGACAGAACGGACGAUUUCGAAACGCACAGAAAACCGCCAUCGUAGAAACCGUGCCCUCGAAGGGCGACCUGCAAGAAUUCAUCGACUUGCGAAGGGAACGUUCCGAACAAUAUCGAAGAGAACAUGGAACUACAGCGAACAUGGAACUAGAGGUGGACCGCGAGAACCAAAACUACCUCGCCUACAGCCCCGCGGGGCGAGUCAGCAUGUACGACAUUUCGGGCAGAAAUUCUUUCGCUUCGAAGGACGGGACUUCUCUGGAGGACCCGUCCAGCAAACAGAGCUUUUCUUAUGGGUGGAGAAGACACCGUCACUGGUCGCAUCCUGUGUCGCUUUCGUUAUCUCUUGCAUAUUUUUUCUUUUUGCAGUCACCAGUGUCAAAAGAGUGAAAGUUCAAUUAAGGUUCUGCGCAAUUUCUACAGCAUACAACAAGGGCCGGCCGACUCGGCAGCUUGCGUGUCAUCUUCAUAGGUACCGAUUCGACAAGAAGUAAACCCGAAAACAAGCGUCGCUUUGUCAAGGAGUUGAAAGCAUCAACCUUCCGAUAUCACAGGGUUUAGACUGAGCCUUCUUCCAUUUCAUACGGCAAGGUCCAGCAAAGAAACCGUUGUGGACCUCCCAGGCGCGAAUUCCCCGAAUACGGUUGCUGUUCACGCUCCUUUCAACAAAGAGGAAGAGCCCAGCAAAGACGCAAAUACGAUGUUCCACAGUUCGAAGGACCACAAGGACGGGGAGAAUAGUAAAGCGGCACCGGAACAACAGCAGCUACAAGACGAAAACAUAGCUGAUGCUGCUUUUGCUGGCUCUGGCGGAGAACAACUACAUGCCACCAAAUCGAAGUCGAAAAAGAAGAAAGACCACAAAAACCCGCCCGCGGCGAAGACCAAGGAGCAGGACGAAGAAGCGGAGCGCAUUAAGAAGGAACAUUUGCUGGCGCGGUUGCGGGAGCGACUGAAGGAGAUAACGGAAAGGGACGCCAUUUCCGGGAAGAAGCGCGAGGUUGACCUGUUGAACCGAUUAGAGGACCUGCACUACGAGGGCGAGCUUGCCAUGGAGGAAAACGAGGAACUACUGAUGUACAUCUGUGCGACUUUGCAGAACUUUGACACCCUCUGCACGGCGUUCGAAGACCUGGAACGGCUACUGGCGAAUUGGCGCGAAGACAUUUUGCCAAAAAUUCUCGCUCGGGACCGCUUCAUGGCGAUCACGAGAGCGCGUCGGGCGAAAAACGAAGAGCAACGGUUGCUGCACUUCAAUCACGGAGGUCAAGACCUUCUACCAGGAGGUGAUCACGCUGGGAACAAAAACGAUCGUCGUGGCGGCCGCGGUCAAGAAAAUAUCUUCGAGGGAGGUCCUCAACAUUCAGGCGAUCUGACCGCGAAGAACGGAAAAAUUUUUGAUUACAACCGAGCGGGGCGGCAGCGCGACAGUUGCGUGUGUACGGGACCACUGGAUUUUCACGAUCCCAGGGACGUCCACUUGCUAAACCCGAACCGGCGCUCCAUUUCCAACGCGAGCACGUACGGUGACGACCGCGCGGAAGACCGCCGGUCGGAGGUCUCUGUGUUUCUUCCGGAACAAGCACGAGCUGAUGAUAUAACUGCGAACAAUCUUCAAGAAGAUGGCGGAGGACCAUCGAACCCAAAUACAAGGAACUACACCGAGGUCCAACUGAAAGCGCUGGACGUUACCGGCGGACUGCCGCCGUUGUCGGCUGAGACCCCCCCGACAAGCACUGACAUCCCCUGCGGGAGUAAUUCGCUGAUUCUACGGGAGUUGGAGUCCAUGCGCAAGGAGCACGGCCUGGAGCACGUGGAUUUGUACGAGGACGAGGUGCGUCGAGCAGGAGCAAAUGCCGGCAGCAGACCCUCCAGACACGGCCAGAUUGUUGGCCGCCUUGACCAUCAGCGUAGAGGUGGACCAACGAGAGGCACUUCUGCUGCCCGCCCGACCCGCUUUGGGCAGCUGCACGUAGAUCAAAAUCACUGCGUGACGCUGCCGGCUAGUUCGCAAUUAAUGGAGGACGAUCCGCGCACCCGUCACGCCUUUGGGCUGCUCCCAACGCUACUUUCCGUCGCUGCGAAGCAGAAAGAAGAGGCGGAACUGGACCGAUUGAUGUUGAGCACGAACGGUGGGGCUGGGCGAGGUGAUGGGGCAGCAGCACAGGAAAACUACAUGGUAGAUCCACUGCAAGUUGUUGAAGACAAUGACAAAUCGAAUUACGCCACCAAUGCAGGAAAAAUUGUUUCUCCGAUUCGAAAAUUGUUCCGUCUGGAGUCAAAUCAGCAGUCCCCGGACCGGUUAAAUGGCGGACGGGCAGUCGCAGCACAUGGUCCCCCUCACGACCGGGGACAAACCCCCUGUGCCAUCUUCAAAAAGCAGGUGGAUGCUACUACAUCAAACGUGGAUCGUUCUUGCAUCAACACAACCCGCCCUACCGACGACGAAUUUGGUGCCAUGCCACCGGCGCUAGUGCAGGGUAAUUACGAACAGACUACUGACCCGGACAUCUUGAUGAAUGACGACACACAGUCCAUUGACUGUCAGGUAACCUACUCCUGGCGGUUCACGCACUUUCUGGGUUCUCUGUCCUACUUACUGGAAGACUGGAGUGGGUUGGCCGAGCAAUUGCUCCGCUUGUCUCUUCCGCAAGAUUGGAACACGGUGCACCAAUUCAAGAAGCGCCUGAUUCAAUGCCGCUUGCACUCUCUGGAAUGGAAGUGAAUCGCGUUAGGGAGGUACAGGUUGUGGUGGAACGAUUGAUCAUCAUGCCUCGGCUCCGCGUGCGGCAUGAUGAAGUUGGGGAGGAGCAUAGCUAAAUAGGCACGAUAGAGGGCUCAUCGUUUAGCUGUGACCCUGUAUUUCUUGCUGUUUAUGUAGUUUUACUUGAAGUUGAAUGAAAAUCAAAAUCCCUCUGGGAGGACGGGGGGUUCUCGGGUUUUUCCAAAUGUAAAUAUAAAGAUAACGACGCUGCGCUGUCAGUGCCUUACAGUACUACUACCACGACGUAAUAUGAAUAUGGAUAGAUAGGAUGUGAAUGUACAACAGCUUCUCCGAAGGAGAACUGGAAAAUCAGAGGAGUGAUCUAAAUUUUCGGUAAAAACCGAUCGUCUUGACCGAUCAACAAUUUUUCGUUCUUUAUGCGCAACGGAACGUUUUUCACGACAGUUUUUCUUUUUAUGCAGCUGGCGCACAGUAGGAACCCCGACGGAAAAUGAACGAAAUAAAGGACGAACGACAUCUUUUUUAUCUGGUGUUGGAAGCAGUUGCGAUUAAUUAUUUACUUCUUGAAGUUGAAAAUAAGACGCAUGGAUAUCAAUGCGAAC